CCUGUUCACAACAAUGGGUCCAGCGGCUACGGGAGUCUGGGAAGCAACGGUUCUUACGAGCAUUAUAUAAGCAUCGCCUCGUCUAGUGAUUCCAAUGGAAAUUGCGUGGAUGAGACACCCAAAGAACCGAUGACUCUAAAGCAGGUGUGUACAGACAUUAACCGCAUCAAGAACAUGGGACAGCAGGUAUACAUCGAUACAAGAAACAAACCUCAGCCCAAGAGACGGGAGGUGCUAGACAAAGCGGUUCAGAAAGCCAAACCUCAUCAAAACACUUUCUUAAGACCUAAUCAGGAGAAUGUGAUAGUGGACAGACAAGCAGCGUCAUCAUGUGACGCCUCCAGGAAGGGACAGCACAUCCCCUCCUACCAGCAGAUCAAUUGUGUGGACAGUAUUAUUAGGUAUUUGGAGAGCUACAACAUCCCAGCUUUAAAGAGGAAGUGUGAGUCCUCCACCAAUACCACCUCCUCCUCCGAAGACGACAAACAGGGUGUCCCUGGACAGAACGACUUGGAGACAUUGGAAGAUGUUCCAGAACCAAUCUCCACGAGUCAAUUGUCAGCAGAAUCGAUGGUCGCUACCGAUGUUCAGACAACAGCCGCUGUGGUGGGAGCUCCAUUGACCGACCUUACCCUGUCCAUCAAGGCAAUGAGUGUGGUUUCAGUCACCAGCCAGUGUAGCUACAGCAGUACCAUUGUGCAUGUUCCUCAGCCCGAAUCAGAGGUGACAGCCAUAGAAGAUGCAACGGGUGGUAGUGAACAGAUAGAUAUGAGAUCUUCUCAAGCCGCAGGGUCCAGUGUAGCCCCGGAGGAGUUUAAACAGGUUGGAUUAACCAAGGAGGUCCUGUCUGCCCAUACACAGAAGGAGGAGCAGAACUAUGUGGAUCGGUUCCGGCAGAGGAUCCUGCAGUCUCCGUACAGUAGCUAUCUACAGCAGGACAGUCAAAGCAAAGCCUGCUCCCAUGAACAAGGAAUACAAGGAGAACAUUCAUCUCGGCAAACUACUCCAGCGGCUUUGAAAAAAGGUAAAAAACAGGGCAAGCACAAAAGGCAGAAACCAAUGGAAUCAUCAGACAGUAAUGGAUCACACCCCAACCUACCACCACGACCAAGAAGACCAGGGCCUUCACCACCAUCUUGGCCACCGUCUGAAGUCUCUCACCCAAGUCCAUCAAACAUGGCUUUCCCAGCUCCGAUGAUGAUCCCAAUUCAGCCAACGUAUACCGUGCCUGGGUUCCAGCUCCCACACAUGGGCACCACAGUAGCCGGAGACUGUACCACUUCAUCAGUGGCUCCUGAAUCAAUACCACAAUCAAACUUUUCUUACAACAUGCAGCCAUUCCCAGCAUUCCCAUCCCCAUACAUGGGUCCAGUUGUAGCUCUGUUUCUUCCCAAUUAUAAUAUGUACCCACCUAUCAACCAACAGAUACCUCAGCCUUUCUUCCCCACUCAGUACCCUUGUCCACCACCACCACCUUCUUAUCCAUACACUGGAAUGCCAGCUGCUCCCCAGACUGUGCCAUCGCAAAUUCCCACAGACUUUGUGGACCCGACAUCCCGAGCGUCCUCUCCCAUGUCGGCAGAGGAGCAGCAGGACAUUCAGAGUGAUGAUCCACGACUUUUCAGUAACUCUAGAAGCAGUUCCCCAUUGCAACUGGUCCUCCUCCAAGAGGAAAUGCCGAAACCAGCAGAGCCUCCCGAAGGAACCACUGCCGAAACCAAAGCAGACAUUAAAUGUGCGGACACAGCAGAGGACAGCGGGAACAAUGACAGCCAUUCAGCAUCUAGUGAACUCUUUGACCUCUUACUACAGGAGGACUCCCAGUCUGGCACUGGAUCAGCCGCUUCAGGAAGCGGAUCUGCUAACUCCAGCUCCUUAGGGUCUGGGUCUAACGGUUCUACCUCAAACGGGACCUCAGGAAGUGGCAUAGGUAUGAAGUGACUGGAAGUUUGCCGGUCACCUAAAUAAAUAGUGUGUUAUUGUAAGUAUCCAUUAUCCUAGUCUGAUAGUGCUCAAACAAUGGACUGAACAGCACAAUAUGUCUUGUUUCGCUUUGAACUGUAUACCAGACUGUUUGGUAUCGGUGCAGAACUGAAUAAAACAUGUACGUUGUAGGUGGUGUCAGGGCUGGACAGAUCACCUUAGUUACAAUGACCAUAUAGCCAUGGGUAAGUAAACUGGGACUGCUUUAAAUCAAGGCUUUUAAUUGUGUUUAUCCACAAUAGUUAAUCAGUUAAUAAUCUAUAAUCAAAUCAUUUCUCAUUUCACUCUUAAAGGUUUAUAAUUUUAUUUUAUUUUUAGUAAUUUUUUUUUAUUUUUUUUUUAUAAAUAUUUCAGUUUUAACCAUUGUUUGGUAUUUAACUAAAGACAAUGUCUUUGAUGUGUUUUACAGGUAACUUAUGUGUGCUUUCCUCCACUUUCUCUUGCCCAGAGUGACCCUGAAAUUUAUGUAUCUUUUGUUUGGUUUGUAUUCACUUAUAAGGGAUAUAACAUCCAGACAUAUCACUAGGGAAAGUACAAUGCGGGUUAAGAGGUUAACGGCGCUGAGGUCGGGUCGUUCCGCAAGAGGUCACUCUGUACGAUGUAGCUGGUGUUUGCAUUGUUAAGAGUCUCUUAGGAUAUAUAACUAAGCAGCUGUGCGUCACUUUUACCUGGUGACAACCUACAAAAGAGUAAAAAAUAAAUAAAAAAUUCCAAUGACAUUGUCAAGAGUAGGUUCACUUUUGAUCAUCAGUCUGUAUAAUGUUGAGAUACUCUGGCAAAUGAUCUUGUUCUACUCUCUCCUUGCAUCAUGUUGCAUGCACAUCCAAAGCUGCCUUCAGAAAUAUGAUGUUAGGCUGAACAUCUUACUGCUUUUGGUUUGCAACAGAGAAUGGUCUGCUGCGUUGCGUUUUUGGACAUGUGGUUUUCGGAGGUACUGUUCUGUAAUAUGAAUACUACAUAGAGUCCAAGCUACAAUCUCCCUGAAUGCAGUGUAGCAGAGUAAAGCUUUAAUGUAUAUUCACACAUGCUGUAUACGCUGCAGAUUUUAUGCUGUGUAAAUCAAUAUAAAUAAAUAGUCAAACCCAGCAAUAAAUCUGCAGCAUGUACAGUAGGUGUUAACAUACUUUUUAAAGAAUACCAGUCACCAAAUAUACUUUUCUAAACUAACUCAGGCUAUGUUCCCUAACUACUCCUAACACCCCUCUCACCCUAAAAAAAUAUCUUUAAAAAGCUCUGUAUCUUACC